AUGUUAUCUAGAAAUAUAAGAAGACUGUUAGGCAUCACAAAAAAAUUAAGAGCUAAUAAGUCAACCUUAUCAUGGAAAAUACCAGAGUACCCUGUAUUUAAUGAAGAAUAUAUUUGUGAUCCUAAUAAUGUAGAUGCCAUUGAAAAUAAUAUUUUACAUAGAAAAGGUGUAGGUAAUAUUAAAUUAAUACAUGAACUAAAAAGGAAGCUAGAACAAGCAGAUGAACAUACCAGUGAAUAUAAAGAUAUAAGAAAACAAUAUCACAAAGAAUUAAGUUUAUUACCCAAUAACACCCAUCCUGAUAUUUUUAAGUAUGGUGAUAAACCAAAGGAAAUAAAAGUAGUCAAAGAUAAGAAGCUUUUUACUUUCAAAUGCAAAGAAUUCAGUGAAAUAGCCAAACGCCUUAAUUUAGUUAGAACUGAACAGUUAGGAAAUGUUGCAGGAAAUAGAAGUUAUUAUAUUUUAGGUGAUCUAGCAGAAUUAGAGCAAGCUUUGGUAGAUUACUUUGUAAACCAAUUAAUCACUUCAAAUUAUGAAAUCGUUUCUGUCCCAGACAUAUUACCAAGAGAUAUAAUAGAGAGUUGUGGAAUGAACACAAGAGGAGAACGUAAUCAAGUAUAUACAUUAGAUCCUAAAAGACAUGCUUCGGACCUAUGUCUCUCUGGAACAUCUGAAAUGGCAUUAGCAGGAUAUUUUGCUGGUGAAACAUUGUCUGAGGAAGAUUUGCCAAAAAAGGUAGCUGCUGUAAGCAGAUGUUAUAGGGCUGAAACAUCAAGUGUGGCUGAAGAAAGGGGAAUCUUUAGGGUACAUGAAUUUACAAAAGUAGAAAUGUUUCUGGUUACGACCCCCGAAUUGUCGGAUCAAGCUUUAGAAGAAAUCCGUAGUUGGGAGGAAGAACGAUAUAAAUCUCUUGGGCUUCAUUUUCAGGUUCUGGAUAUGCCGCCACAUGAACUCGGCGCCCAGGCUUAUAGAAAAUACGAUAUAGAGGCUUGGAUGCCAGGCAGGAAAGUUUAUGGAGAAAUUUCCAGCUGCAGUAAUUGCACAGAUUAUCAGUCAAGGAGGUUGGAUAUUAAAUACAAGACAAGGGAUGGAAACGUUAAGUUUGCACAUACAUUAAAUGGAACUGCAUGUGCUAUCCCAAGGCUUCUUAUAACUCUUAUUGAAAAUGGUCAGGAUGAAAAGGGUUCGGUUCAUAUUCCAGAAGUUUUACAAAAAUAUAUGAAAAACAGGACCUCUAUUUUCAGACAAAAAAGUAUUCCCGAGUUGCGACUUGUGAAGAAUAAAAAGCAGAAUUAA